CUGGAUGAGCAUCGCGUCGACAGAUGCUCGUUACAGGGGAGCCUUGAUCGAUUCUCAUGCCUGAGGGGCUUCUAUCUGGGCGCCUCAUGCACAGUCCCGUUCCCUGACACCCUCAUCCACGCCACUUCCACUUUCUGUCUGUUCCGUCUGUGCGGAUCCAAGCACAGGCACCACCAACAUCCGCGCGAGAUUCAGCUCCAUCUCCAGCCCCAGCCCAGCUCCAGCCUAGCCUCGCUUGACUUGCCUGGCUGCCAGCAUGUCCUCGGCGUCUCAGCAGCGGCGACGACGAGAUGAAGACGACUACAUUCCAUUUGGACCCCCAUCACUGCCCAGCACUCAGACACACCUCGACAACAUGUCGUCGGAACUUGGCUGGCCACCGCCGGUGACCAUGUCCGACUCGAGCGACGAGGAUCUUCGAGACCACCGCACGCCUGCGCGACGCAUUUCCCGCCGACACAUGCCGCUCGAGGGAAUGCUGAACAACGGCCGAUACUCGCCCGACGUCUAUUCAGUCACCUCCGAUCCCCCAAGCCAGACGCCCAUGCUUGAUGCCGGCAUGCAAUCCCAAUACGCCGGCAUGCACUCGCAGUACUACGCCACCAGAACGCCCAAUCCAGGGCCACAGAUUAAGCCGCAUCUCUCGUCUCUAGAUAUCCCCCGGCGCUACGGCAGCAAUGCCAUCCUCGACAUGUAUGCGCUCACCUACGUCAGCGACCCUGACCCGAAUCUUCUAUGUCCAAUCUGCCAUGACCCCCUCGUCGACCCUGUGACGACUCCGUGCGACCAUACCUUUUGCUAUCGGUGCUUACGCAGAAGCAUGGCAUCGAGCCCCGCGGGAGGUGCCUGCCCAAUCGACAGAGAAACUCUGCUGUGGACAGAUUGCUCCAGCUCUAUACGGCUGAUUCGAACGCAGCUCAAUAACCUAAUCGUUAAAUGCCCUCAUCACGGUAGAGGGUGUGAGGAGGAGAUGAGGAGGGAGGUGGUGGAGCGGCAUGCAACCAUGGAGUGCAGUUUCCGAGAGUAUCCUUGUCCAGAUGCCGAAUGCUCCAAGACAAUCCGCUACAAGGCGACAGAUGACAAGUGUCAGCAUCAAGAGAGUAGCUGCAUGUUCUGCGAUGCCAUUAUAGAGGACGCCGAUCGUGAUAUUCAUCUACUGCAGUGCCCCAAGAGCAAGACGCGGUGUUCAGGUUGCUGGAUGCUGAUUCUCCGCGAGCAGGAGGACGGCCAUCGAAACCUGGACUGCGAUGCCAUUGAGGUGGGGUGCCGUUUUCAAAGUGCCGGCUGCCCAGUGAGGGUUGUGCGGGCACACCAGGAGCUUCAUGCCCUUUCUUGCCCUUUCCACCCGGACUCACCAUCUGGCGCCAUUAUACGCAGCCAACGUGAGCUCAUAGAAACGUACGGCAGCUUGGGAAGCCAGCUCCGUCACAUGCGGGCCAGGCAGGACGAGAUAAGCCGACGGCUCGAUCUGGUUGCAGGGCCGACCAAUCGCCCGGGCGAACCGGGCUUCAGAGAUCCCAGGGCGAUGCAAGACCUGGAUGCCGGAUUCGAAGAAGUCCAUCACAACAUGAGCCAUCUCGAGGCACGGCAGAGCAUGUGGAUGGUCAACCAAAUCAUGCCUGUUCGGGAAGAGGUUGCUGAACUACGAAAUAGCAACAACAUGCUUCGAAUGCAAGUCAACUACCUCCUAAGCCGCGUCCGUGAUGAAGGCCACGCCCGACCAACCUCGAGUGGAACAACGAGGCCCACCGCUAUUCGGGCACGGCGUCUGGCCAAGCUGGGCAACCCAGUUGCCCCCAAGCCCGCAGAGAGCAAGCCUGCCGAGGCUGGCAGCUCGACAUCACCAGCUCCCGAGGCCGACGAGACGAACAAGACCAAAAUCACCAUCACACCGGCGGCCCAGCCGGCUUCAAACCCCUUUGCGCAGCUGGGCGUGAGGUCGAGCAGGCCGGCCGAGUCCGUGAGCCCUACAGGUACUACUUUUCGUGUUGCUCGCAAGAGGUCCGCCUCUCAAGUUGACGACGUCCUUUCAGCGCCGCCCCCGCGUAAAGCUACACCCGUCCAGGUCGAAUCCGAUCAAGACUAUGCCGAUAGAGUGCUCAGCCAGAUCUUCCGCGUCACUGUCGACCCGCACCGGAUGACAAGCAACCAGGGCAACCACCGUCUGACGUUUCUCCCGAAUCUGAAUCAAGAGCUGAAUGAUUCUGGGGAGCCCCUGAAGCUGUCGGUCAAUAACCUGGACCAGGCCAUUAUAGAAGCAUGCAGCGGCUGGGCUUCUGAAAAGCCGUUGAUGCAGUAUCUCCUCCCGUCCUGGAAGAGGGCUGUGAAAGCAGCUGCCGGAAACAAGCAGACAAGUGGUUUCAAGUUUGAGCUACACGAGGAAUCGAAGCGCCUUUGUAUGAGCAACUGCCUCUUCGCCGUCACCAUGCCGGUGCUAUAUGGCCGCGAACCAAACCCAGAGCAUGACACCAUCGCUCCCUAUCUCCUCAGGGGCCCCAUAGACGAAGGCGGAAUAUGCUUUGAUUUCAUCAAGGAAGCAAUUAAGCGAUUUGACGACGACGAAACAUUUCCUGCCAUCUUCAAUGAUGCCAUGGUGAAAAUCAGCACCCAGCUCUCUGGGAUGUCCAUGGGCGACGAGUACAAGCCCCAUAUCCAAGCACUGCUAACAUACACACGUUUCCCUGUCCUGGUAUCUAAUCUUGCAAAGCAUGCUUGCUUUAAACUCCCCCUAUCACCCCAUAGUAUUGAGAGAAACACUAUACUCGGCCCCUUCUUCCGCCUAUCUCCCUUACAACCAGAAGUGAUCAAAAGCUACUUCCCUGGAUCUCGCACUCUAGACAAAGGGCGCAUCACUAAUGCGCAGGACGCUCUGAGAAUGGUGCUGAGGACGCACCAAGAUGACUUAUUUGUUAUUACCAAUGCUUUCAUUCGGGCGGGGCCCGAUACAAGAAACCGUACACUAGACUGGUUUGCAUACAUUUUAAACACAAACCACAAGCGGAGAGCCAUCCAAGUUGACCCCAGAGAGGUGGCCUCGGAUGGGUUUAUGAUGAACGUGACGACCAUUCUGGAUCGAUUCUGUGAGCCCUUCAUGGAAAACGAUUUCAGCAAAAUCGACAAGAUUGAUGUACGAUAUUUCAGAAGGCAGCCGCGUGUUGACAUCAGCGAUGAGACCAAGCUCAACGCCGAUCAAGCUGCCGCCGAUAAGUAUUAUGCGGAAAAGGAAGACGGGGAAUCAAACUUCAUCUCCGAGGCAUUCUUCCUGACGCUUGCCGCUCAUCACUACGGGAGCGAAGCACUUAACUCUCAGCUUAAAAAUCUAGACCGUGAAAUCAAAUACUUGGAGAAGCACCUCAAGGCUAUGGAGGCGGAGCGGCCUAAGCUGGCGAAUGCUCCGCAUCAGCUGAGGCUGUUCGAGGAGACACUAAAACGCCAUACCAAUGUGUUGGAGAAGACGAUAGCUCUCAAGUAUGCUAUUGAGGGCGUUCUUCUUGAUGAGAGGAUGCAGAGCACAUCUUUGCGGUUCAUGCGAUACGUCACUGUAUGGCUGCUACGAAUUGCAACAGGAUCCGACUACAAGCCUGGAACGGAGACUGAGACUAUCAAGUUACCCAUCGAGAUAGGAAACUCUGGUGCCUUUGCAUACCUCCCCGAGUAUACCCUUCAGAAUAUCGUCGAUAACUUCAAAUUUGUGUUCCGAUGGCUGCCUACCAUUCUCCCCAGUGCAGUGGGCGAAGAAAUGAUUGCCUUGUGCAUCACAUUCCUUCGGUCUUCCGAACAGAUCAAAAACCCUUACCUUAAAUCAUCGCUGGUGACUCUACUCUUUUCCGGAACCUGGCCGCUUAUGCAUCUCAAGAAAGGCGUUUUAGGUGACCAGCUCAUCUCCAUCAAGUUUGCCAAUGACUACCUCCUGCACGCUUUGAUGAAAUUUUACAUUGAAUGCGAGUCCACGGGAGCCAAUUCACAAUUCUACGACAAAUUCAAUAUCCGAUACGAAAUCUUCCAGGUCAUCAAAUGCGUAUGGGUCAAUGACGUCUACAGACAGCAGCUUGUCAAGGAGAGCAAGGUGAACCGAGGCUUCUUUGUCCAGUUUGUCAACAUGCUUCUGAACGAUACCACAUAUGUUCUCGAUGAAGCAUUCACAAAGUUUCCCAAGAUGCGUACUCUUGAGAAAGAGCUCGAAGACCGCAGCCUUCCUGCAGAGGACCGGCAGAAGAAAGAGGAAGAGCUGCAGAACUUGGGAAGCCAGGCGACAUCCUACAUGCAGCUAGCCAACGAGACGCUCGAAAUGAUGAAGCUCUUUACAAAGACGUUGAGCGAAGCCUUCACCAUGCCCGAGAUUGUGUCGCGUCUGGCAAGCAUGUUGAACUACAACCUCGAGACGCUGGCCGGCAAGAAGGCUGCUGCCGAGUUGAGCGUUUCCAACAGGGAAAAGUACCACUUCCGGCCCAUUCAGCUGCUCUCCGACUUUGUCGAGAUUUACUUGAACCUCGGUUCAUCCAAGGUUUUUAUCGAAGCCGUCGCUGCAGACGGCCGCUCAUACAAGGGAGAGGUGCUCGACCGCGUCUCGCGGAUCCUCUCGUCAAAGCACCAGAAGGAUCCCGCCGACAUUGCCCGGUGGGACAAGCUCAAGGCCAAGUUUGCGGAGACCAAGGAGCUGCAGGACCAGGCCGAGCUCGACCUGGGAGACAUUCCGGCCGAGUUUGAGGACCCCAUCAUGGGAGAGCUGAUGAAGGAUCCCGUGCUUCUGCCGAGCAGGCACAUUGUCGAUCGGUCGACGAUUGUGCAGCAUUUGCUGAGUGAUCCCAAGGAUCCGUUUACAAGACAGCCCAUGACUAUUGAGGACGCGGUUCCCCAGACGGAGUUGAAGGAGAGGAUUGAGAAGUGGCGGCAGGAGAAGAUUCAGGCGUCCAAGGAGAAGCUUGCCGCGGGGGAUGAUGCCAUGGACACUGCUGAGGGUUGA